CGGAAGUUGACAGUUAGCAUACUCCUGCUAACUCUACGUAGUGAAUGUGUGUGUGUGUGAGAGUGUGUGUGUCCAGGUGUGAAGAUGUUACCUUUAUCUAUUAAAGACGACGAGUACAAACCCGCCAAGUUUAACCUGCUGCUGAAGCUAUCAGGAUGGUUCAGGUCAAUCCUCGCUGAUAAAACGUCCAGAAACCUGUUCUUCUUCCUCUGUCUGAACCUCUCCUUCGCCUUCGUGGAGCUUACAUACGGCAUUUGGAGUAACAGUUUAGGUCUGAUCUCAGACUCGUUCCACAUGUUCUUUGACUGCACCGCCCUGCUGGCAGGUCUGGCAGCUUCCGUCAUCUCCAGGUGGAGGUCCAACGACAGCUUCUCCUACGGGUAUGUCAGAGCAGAAGUUCUAGCAGGGUUUGUCAACGGACUCUUCCUCAUCUUCACCGCCUUCUUCAUCUUCUCUGAAGGAGUCGAGAGAGCCCUGGAGCCUCCUGACGUUCACCAUGAGCGUCUACUUCCUGUCUCUGUGGCCGGUCUGCUUGUGAACUUGGUUGGGAUCUUUGUGUUCCAGCACGGAGGACACGGACACUCACAUGGAGACGGAGGUCACGGUCACAGCCACUCUCUGUUUAACGGCAGUCUGAACCACGGACACAGCCACGGCGGACACGACCACCACAAACACGGACACGGACAUGGACAUGGAGGACACGAACACGGACAUGAUAGUCAUGGACAUGGACACAGUCAUGAUGGUCACGGGCACAGUCACGGAGGACACGGGCACAGCCACGAGGAGCCACACUGUCACGAUGAGCACACUCCGGGGAAAGGCUCCAGUAAACAGAUCCUGCAGGGCGUCCUGCUGCACAUCAUCGCCGACACUCUGGGCAGUGUGGGUGUCAUCAUCUCAGCUCUCCUGAUGCAGAAAUACGACCUGAUGAUCGCUGAUCCAAUCUGCUCCAUGCUCAUCGCCCUCCUCAUCGGUGUCAGCGUGGUGCCAUUGCUGCGCGAGUCCAUCGGGAUCCUGAUGCAGAGGACUCCGCCCACUCUCGACCACGCCCUCCCAGAGUGUUACCAGAGAGUGCAGCAGCUGCAGGGAGUUUACAACCUGAAUGAACCUCACUUCUGGACACUGUGCACCGACGUUUACAUCGGAACUCUAAAGCUGCUGGUCGCCCCCGACGCCGACACACGCUGGAUCCUCAGCCAGACGCACCACAUCUUCACACAGGCUGGAGUUCGACAGCUGUACGUCCAGAUUGAAACAGCUGCCAUGUAGAAGCUCCUCCCCCUUUAAUCACCUGGGACCAAUCACCUUCAGUCUGCUGCAGGUGACCUCUGACCCCCCUCCUUAGGUCACUACAGGUCAGAUUAAGACUCAAGGGUGGGGGGGUGGACUUUGACUGUGAUCUCCCAUGAUGCACCAGCCCAGUGCAUCCUGGAUGAACUCAAACUGCCCCGCCCAGUUAUUUUUUUAAACCUCACCUGUCUGUCAGCAGGCAGAGUGAACCCCCCCCCCCCCUCCCCAGCUGCACUUUGUAGACUGGAGCAAAGCAUUCUGGGUAAGUGCCUUCAUCAUAAAUCAGAGACAAUCUGAGCCUGUUUUGACGACCCUCCCCCCGUGACAUCACCGUUGGGACCAGACUGCUGCCAGUUGAUUGGUCAGUGGUGUGUGGGUGAUGUCACUCUGUGUUUUUUAACGUGCCAAAUCAUAUGACCAAACCAUGUGACCAGUCGAAGGAUUUCAGUUUUUUUCAACUGUAAUAAAAAAAUUCUG